AUGUCGUUCAUGUCCAUUGUUACUCGAACGAUUAUUGGUAUGUCGUUCAUGACUCUAUCGGGUCCGCGGAUAUUGGCUGAUGAUCGUCGAACCUUGCGCUUCUACCAAAGUCCAAGUCAUCCACCUGAUUCGAAUCUCCGAUCUGGCGUUACUACUACAUUUCACGUCAGAAUCGAGGAAGAUAAAGAUACCUCGACUCGACUCGUCUCCUCCACCGUCGCCAUGGCCCCCCAACCUCUGUCCAACGAGCUCGUCGACAAGAUCACUGCCAACCUCGACCCGAAGACGGAUACAUCCACCUACUCUUCACUCGCGCUGGUCAACCACAACGCUGCAGCCAUCGUCAGGAAGAUUCGGUUCAAGGCUGUUACAUUCGGUCCAUCGAACUGGUGCCGCCGGGUCCCAGGCUUGUGGGACUUGAUCAAGGCCAAUCCAAACAUCGCGCUCAAUAUUGUUUCCCUCACCUUGAUUGACAGCGGUUGGGAAACCUUCGGUGAAGGCGGCUACACGUCUGAUGAUGAUCAGGAGGGUGACGACGAAGGAGACGAUGGCUACACAUCUGAUGAUUCAGAGUAUGACGAUGAAGAGGACGAAUGCAAAGAGGAGUACUUUUACCCGGCAUACCAACGUGGAUGGCUGUCGAAGAAGGAUCCCGCCUUCCCGGGGGUGGUCGAGCUGCUGCACGCUGUCAAGCCUGUCCUCCAAGAACUCGAAGUCUGCUCCUCGCUUAGCUGGCACCGCUUCUCACCCAGUGUUCAACGGGCUGUCUACGAGCUGGCAUUGUCUCCAGUACUUCAAAGCCUCAAGCUCCACCAGUUUGUUCAGAUCCCUUUCUCUCUUUUCGUCGCUUGCCACAACCUAAAGCAACUAUGCUUUGACGGAAUCCAGGACGAUGCGGAUAUACCCAAGCUGUUGCAAGCUCCAUCGUCCGAGGAACGCGUUGUCGUCGAACGGCAAAUUCAGUUGGAAGUCCUGGAGAUCAAAGACUGCUUAUGGCCAUUCCAUUUCGGCCUCGGACGCCUUUCCCGCGGGAGCGCCCCGCUGCCGUUCAAGAGUCUUCGCCGACUCAUCCUUGGAUUUACCAACACGCAAGAUUCGAUGCAUGGCGUCUUACCGGGACAGGGACAUCUCGAAUCAACGUUCAUUGUGUUCAAUGAAGAGGAUAGGGAGGCUGCGGAGUAUGCUACGCCUGAAGAUACCUUGGAGGCGUCUAUGCCGGAGCUGUUGGGCGCUGAUGGUAAAGUCCAGCUUUCCGUGGAAUGUAAUGGUCACGACUGCGGAGCUGAUUCCACCAGGGAGUCUAUCCGACGCAAACUUCGAGGGACCUAUGCCACCGACAUUCCCUUGAUCGACUUCGUUAAGAAUGUCUUUGAUGUCGAGCAAUCAGUCAUCUCUUCCCUCGUAGGCCCGGGAUCAACGGUAACCUACUCGUCGGAGGAUGUCGCCGAUUCCUAUCGCCGUCUUUCGAGCAAGGGAGAGGCUGAGUGUUGCCCAUAUCCCCGUUUCUUUGCAUUAGUCGAAGACCUGUUGCCUGCCGUGUUUGACGUCGUCAAGAAGGAGCGUCCGUACUAUGGGAAGGAGGCUUACGAGCUGGGCCCUGAGGAUCUACUUGACUUGACGCGGGGAGGUAGAGGGGUUACAUACGCCAAACAUGGGAUCUCCAGACGGAAGCUCGACGUACUCUUCCUGAACGGACUUGAUCAUGCAUCUUACCUCACCGAACACCCUGGAGAGCGCGAACAAUGCGAGGUCCCAGAGUCCAGGGACAGUACGAGUCGUCCUCUCUCGGGUGACGUUCGAGUUUCGAGGGCCUGGACCAUGGGCGCGUCCGGGUCGUCCUCCAUCGCCUCAUCCAACUUUUCGUCUGCAAAGUUUACUGAAUUCGAAUCUGGAAACGAUGACGCGACACCUUUGACUGGCACUAAACGCGCUCGUUCUGACUCUGACGCCACUGCUCAGACUAGUUCCGCGGGAGGACAUGUGGACAAAAGGCCCAGAACGGAAGGGAUCGACAGCGAGCGCCUAGCACAACUUACCGAAUGCGUGAUCGAGUCCUUGGGCAGCACUGAACGAUUUUAUCAUGUCGCUUUCCUAGUCGACAAUUCGAAUGUCUGCCUCGCCUACGUUGAUCACAUGGUCUCUUUGCGCUCGGAGUGGAUUGAUUUCAUUGCAAGUCCACAUCUUUUCUCGUUGAUGAUCGUCGGUUUCUUCUUCUCCACUCCUCGACAAGCUGGCUGCAAUCCGUUCCUUCAAGCGACCCCAGUUACUGAGUUCGACAACAGCAUUGUACUCCCACAGACCUUUCCGCCGGUAGCCUCCCCUCUCCGCUCUUUCUUCGCCUACAAAUACCCUGGCUCCAACGACCACGAAGUCGCCAAACCAACCUCAGGCGGAAAUAAGCCGUUGUUUUAUAAACCUCGAGGUUUAUUUGGACGGGCGACCACCGUUUAUGGGACUCUAGCAACCUUUGUCGACCGAUGCGUUGACAAUGCCGCCUUGGAAGGCAGUUGGCAACCCUCCAUUCGGGAGGAGUCCAACAUCAUCGACCACCUCCGGAAGGAGAAUUCUGACUUUAAGGUGCACUUCCCAGAGGUGCUUUACAGCGCCGCCUUCAGUGACCGAAUGGGUAACAUCCAUGGCCUUGACUUUGAGAAGCGGAAAAACUCGCGUAUCAUUGCAUCCCCCAUGUACCAGACACUGUGGGAAGUCAAGACUGUCGAGGAGUUACAGAAGGCCUGGCUUGAUGCUUUCAAAUGUCAUCACGUCGCCUGGAAGACAGGGGAGGUCCUACAUCGCGAUGUCAGCGAGAACAACAUCAUGUUCUUGAGGAGGUUCUUCAAGAACGACGAAACUGUCGUCGGAAUCCUCAAUGACUGGGACAUGGCUUCAUUCCUGGACGAAGCGUACAAUUUACGCCAGUCAACGGCCAAGCAUCGGACGGGAACCCUUCCCUUCAUGUCCGAACUUCUUCUAUUUUCGGAUGUGGAGGAUUCAGAUGAUGAAGAGGAGGAGUACCAGACGGUUCAUCACAGCUACUGUCACGACGUCGAGUCCUUCUUUUGGGUCCUUCUAUGGGCUUUCAUUCACUACCCACUCGAUGGUACACGCAGGAAAACACCCGACUCUCUGAGCCAAUGGAUCUCCGACGACACCGAGAUCGUCUCGUUCUGGAAACAUACCGUUCUCACCAAGAAGAAGGCGGUCUUCAACAGGAUGCUCAGAAACCACGCCUUUCCACACUUCCAGGAGCUCAAGCGCGAUUGGCUUGUUCCUUUGUAUGACCUCAUUGCCGCGUCUCGGCUUACGGCUCCUAAGGUCGAGUUGACCUAUGAAGCGGUGAUGAAGGCUAUUGGAGAGGAGGCGUAG